ACUUGGAUACAUGUGAAUGAGAUGUAAGGGGAAACCAAGCUGUUGUGAGGGAUCAUGGCAGGAAGCAGAGCGCGGUGGCUUUACAGGUGAUCUGAGCUUAUGCUCGUUCCUUAUUUUUCGGGUUCCUGCGUUUUACAGCCGUGGUGCUCUGUGGAGUCAUGGCAGUGCCCUUUGUGGAAGACUGGGACUUGGUGCAAACCCUAGGAGAAGGUGCCUAUGGAGAAGUUCAACUUGCUGUGAAUAGAAUAACAGAAGAAGCAGUUGCAGUGAAGAUUGUAGAUAUGAAGCGUGCCAUAGAUUGUCCAGAAAACAUUAAGAAAGAGAUCUGUAUCAAUAAAAUGUUAAAUCAUGAAAAUGUAGUGAAAUUCUACGGUCACAGGAGAGAAGGAAAUAUCCAGUAUCUAUUUCUGGAGUACUGUAGUGGGGGAGAGCUUUUUGAUAGAAUAGAACCAGACAUAGGUAUGCCUGAACAAGAUGCUCAGAGAUUUUUUCAUCAACUCAUGGCAGGGGUGGUUUAUCUUCAUGGCAUUGGAAUAACUCACAGGGACAUUAAACCAGAAAAUCUCCUUUUGGACGAAAGGGAUAACCUCAAAAUCUCUGACUUUGGCUUGGCAACAGUGUUUCGGCAUAAUAACCGUGAACGUUUAUUGAACAAGAUGUGUGGUACUUUACCUUAUGUUGCUCCAGAACUUCUGAAGAGAAAAGAAUUUCAUGCAGAACCAGUUGAUGUUUGGUCCUGUGGAAUAGUGCUUACUGCAAUGUUGGCUGGAGAAUUGCCAUGGGACCAGCCCAGUGACAGUUGCCAGGAAUAUUCUGAUUGGAAAGAAAAAAAGACAUACCUCAACCCUUGGAAAAAAAUUGAUUCUGCUCCUCUAGCUCUGCUGCAUAAAAUUCUAGUUGAGAAUCCAUCAGUAAGGAUUACCAUCCCAGACAUCAAAAAAGACAGAUGGUACAACAAGCCACUCAAGAAAGGGGCAAAGAGGCCUCGAGUCACAUCUGGUGGUGUGUCAGAGUCUCCUGGUGGAUUCUCUAAGCACGUUCAUUCCAAUUUGGACUUCUCUCCCGUAAGCAGUGCUUCUAGUGAAGAAAAUGUGAAGUAUUCCAGUUCUCAACCAGAACCACGUACAGGGCUUUCCUUGUGGGACACCAGUCCCUCAUACAUUGAUAAACUGGUACAAGGAAUCAGUUUUUCCCAACCGGCAUGUCCUGAUCAUAUGCUUCUAAAUAGUCAGUUACUUGGCACCCCAGGAUCCUCACAGAACCCUUGGCAACGCUUGGUCAAAAGAAUGACACGAUUCUUUACCAAACUGGAUGCAGACAAAUCUUAUCAGUGCCUGAAAGAGACUUGUGAGAAACUGGGCUAUCAAUGGAAAAAGAGUUGUAUGAAUCAGGUUACUGUAUCAACAACUGAUAGGAGAAAUAACAAACUGAUCUUCAAAGUGAAUUUGGUAGAAAUGGAUGAGAAGAUAUUGGUUGACUUCCGGCUUUCUAAGGGUGAUGGUUUGGAGUUUAAGAGACACUUUCUGAAGAUUAAAGGGAAGCUGAAUGAUGUUGUGAGCAGCCAGAAGGUUUGGCUUCCUGCCACAUGAUCGAUCCAUUAUCUCUGGGGAUUCCUGGUGAAUAUAGUGCUGCUAUGUUGACAUUAUUCUUCCUAGAGAAGAUUAUCCUAUUCUGCAAACUGCAAACAAUAGUUCCUGAAGAGUUCUCUUCCCCUUUAUCCAAACAUCUUCCCAUUCAUUGUAUGUUUUGCAUACAAAUAAUAACUGUAUCUUAAUUGUCAUAAUUUGGGGAAAGGGAUGGGUAGAAUUCACUAGAUAUUUCUUUAGCAGUGUUUAUUAUCUGAAUUUGAAAUCCAUCUGGUGAAAACCAAGUUUUGUGAUACCUGACUUUAUCAGCUCUUAUACCAACAUAAUAUUCUAUUUUUACUAAAACAUUUUGAUACAUCCCAAAGUGUACUGAUUUAAUUAUAAGGAUAAAUUUGUAAAGACUAGCCCUUGUGACUUUUGGAUACAAAAGUAGAUUUAUCAGUCUAUGAGGUGGAAGCCAGCUUCAAAAAAUGUGUCUCCAGAUCUGUACUUAUAUUUUCAAAAGGGUCUCACCAGUUAUUCAAACCUAUUUUUGAGUUAUAACAAUUAAUUAAAACUGCAAGUCUGUUUUUUUCUGGUGUAGCUAGUAACAUAUAAAAUGCUAAUUGGUCUUUCAAGAAGUUAAGCAUAAACUGUAGUGCUUAACUAACUUUACUCAAAAAUUAAUGUUGCACAUCUUAAGUAUUUUCUAUAUUAUUUUCUACUUUCACAGCCGUAUUUUAAUUCUUUACUAUGGAAAUAAAUUCUAUUUUGAAAAUGAAUAUCUAACUCUGUGAACUUAUUGGUGAGCCAGGCUUUUAGGUAAUAAGGAAUAGAAGGGGGAGGGAAGAGUAUG